AUGAAGCGUGAUUUCAACUCUACUGAGCGGCUCAAAAAGAAGCUGAAAAAGAUACGUGAAAAACAAAGAGAACAGGAAAAGGAUGCUGUCACUGAUUUACCAGAGUCGACUCCAGGCACGGGACUAGUACUUGAAGGACUUUUCGACGAGCUUCCCAUUUCUGAACCGAUCAAAAAAGCUUUGAGGGCAAUGGGCUUCACUAAAAUGACCGAAAUACAACAGAAUUGCCUGCCACAACUCCUGGAACAUAGAGAUGUUAUGGCGUGUGCUAAAACAGGAAGCGGAAAGACCUUGGCGUUCAUUAUUCCGGUUGUGGAGCUUAUGCUACAGUUGGGUUUGCAACCACGCAACGGCACAGGGGCGGUGAUUAUUUCCCCCACUAGAGAGCUAAGCUUACAAACAUAUAGCGUUCUGAGGGAGGUCACCCAAUUCACAUCUCUCCGUAUAGGCCUCAUCAUGGGUGGAAGUAAUCGCCAAACCGAAGCCCAAAAUUUGGAGAAAGGUGUAACAAUUUUGGUAGCGACUCCCGGAAGACUUCUUGAUCACCUAACGAAUACGAAAAAUUUUCUUCGUCACAACCUUAAGGCCCUUGUGAUUGACGAAGCUGACAGGCUAUUGGAUAUUGGUUUUGAGGUUGAAAUGCAUCAAAUUAUCCGUCUUCUUCCAGCAGUAAGGCAAACUAUGUUGUUUUCCGCAACCCUCAAUGAAAAAACACGUCAUCUGGCUAAAAAUGCGCUUAAAGCGGAUUGUGUGAUGAUCGGUAUCAAAACUGAAGGCGAAGCCACGGUCGAGGGUUUGGAACAGGGAUACGUUGUUUGUUCCCCGGAUAAGCGUUUCUGCUUGUUGUACACUUUCAUCAAAAGAAAUAAAAACAAAAAGAUCAUGGUUUUUAUGUCGUCGUGUAUGGAGGUGAAAUUCUAUUACGAAUUACUCAACUUCGUGGAUACACCUGUGUUGGCAAUCCAUGGACGUCAAAAACAGGCCAAACGCACCAGUACGUUCCUCAAAUUCCUCAAAGAUGAAGCUGCGGUACUACUAUGCACUGAUGUUGGCGCUCGCGGAUUGGAUAUCCCGAAGGUAAGCCAUGGUCCCAAGGGUCUGGUUGCCGAGUACCAUCACUGA